UCCCACCCGACUCUUCGGCCCAGCGCAAUUAUGAUACAUACGUUAAACCAGUCUGCCAACGUGGCUAUGGACCCACCAUUUCACGAGGCUUACAAGAGUCUGUUGGCGGAAACGGCGGUGGAUAGAGGAGGCGACGCUGUGGCGGUGAAGGAAUGGGAGCUUCCGGUGGUUGAUUUGAGGCGUUUGAGGGACGGAGCGGAGGUCGGGGAAGUGGAACAGUGCAAAAAUGAUAUAAUUAGAGCUUCUCAGGAAUGGGGGUUUUUUCAAGUUGUGAAUCAUGGGGUUUCGAGUGAGCUUUUGGGUAAGAUGAGAGCCAAACAAAUUGAGCUUUUUAAACAGCCGUUUGAGCGUAAGAGUAAGGAGGACAUGUUCUUGAAUUUCUCCGCCGGAAGUUACCGUUGGGGAACACCCACCGCCACUUCUCUUACCCAACUCUCUUGGUCGGAAGCCUUCCAUGUUUCUCUCUCCGAUAUUCUUGGAUCCAACGGCUCCGAUGAUCUCAGGUCAACAAUGGAAGAAUUCGCGGGGAAAGUUUCGAGGUUGGCGCAAGAGCUAGCGGAGAUUUUGGGAGAGAAUUUGGGGAGAAGCUCUAAAUUCUUCGUUGACAAUUGUGUGCCAAGCACGUGCUAUCUCCGGAUGAACCGGUACCCGCCAUGCUCGGUUCCGGGUCGGGUAUUCGGACUCAUGCCUCACACAGACAGCGAUUUUUUGACCAUUCUUCACCAAGACCAAGUCGGUGGCUUGGAGUUGGUCAAGGACGGGGAGUGGAUCGCCGUUAAACCCAACCCCGAGGCUCUUAUAAUCAACAUUGGCGACUUGUUUCAGGCUUGGAGCAACGAUGUUUACAAGAGUGUCGAACAUAGAGUUGUGACGAACUCGAAGUUGGAGAGAUUUUCGAUAGCUUAUUUCUUGUGUCCUUGGAGCGAGACGGUUAUAAAAAGCAAAUGCGAGCCUGGGGUUUAUAGAAGGUUUAGUUUUAGAGAAUUUCGGAAUCAGGUUCAAGAGGAUGUUCGUAAGCAUGGUUUCAAGAUUGGGUUGCCCAAAUUUGUCUUAUGACGAAACAAAAAGACAAUAAAUGUGUUUUCUUUUUAAAUAAAUAAGUUAUAAAGUAAAAUCGAUACUGGUAA